GCCUUUUUUCCCUCGACCCAGACUUGAAUUGCACAACAUAAAGGCCACAUAAAAUAUUUGCUCUCUGAUUCCACAUAAAAGAACUUCAGCUUUCACAAGGAACUUAGAUCUCUUUGGAAGCCAGGCUUUCCACAAUGAAGAGCUUUCUGGCUUUCCUUCUUACAAUGGGCAUCAUAGUGGCCCUGGGUGAUGCAUACUGCUGGAAUAAAAUUCACAAGCCAGGGGAGGCCCAAAAUGGCUGUAUGGUGAAUGGAAAACUGUAUCCCUUUGGACGCAUUGAGAGGACAGAUGAUUGCUACAGGUGCAGCUGCAGUGAAGAUGGAAUGGAAUGCUGUUCCCUCUUUCAUACUCCUGUUGCUUACGACAAUAAGAAAUGCAAAGUAGUUUUCAACAAAGAGCGCUGUGACUAUGAUGUGGUGCAGAAGGACGACCCCUCCAAGAAGUGUUUUGUCUAUGCUCGUGUGGGCUAACAUCUGGUCCAAACAUUUCUCACUAUGGAUCUCCUUCCCACUGAAGCUUUACCAUCGCAGAGAAGAACCAUGACCUGGGAAACUCUAAUAAAAGAGAGCUUUUAACCUCCUCAUUGUCCUAAUUGUACAAGAUGCAUGAU